AUGGUGGUGCGGAUCCUGCUCGUGCGGUUCGGCUGCCGGAACCGGCCCUUUUACCGUGUCAUGGCCGCCGACAGCCGCUCCCGUUGCGACGGCAAGCACCUCGAGGUCCUCGGCUACUAUAACCCGCUCCUCGGGAAGGAUGGUGGCAAGAGGAUGGGGCUCAAGUUCGACCGGGUCAAGUACUGGCUAUCUGUUGGGGCACAGCCCUCAGAUCCCGUGUUCUUCCUCCACCUCCGUUGCUAG